AUGGCGGACGCACACAUGCACCAGGUCAUGUCGAACCUCUGGAUAGGCGACUACAUUGCUUCCCAGGAUGCCAACUUGCUGGAGAAGCACAAGAUCAAGCUCGUCGUGGCAGCCAGUUCGUCUCCAGCUCCGCGAGCCCCCACUUCGCUCUUUCCCGGUCCCAAACUCCCGCCGCCUAGCAAGACUGACGCCCGAUUGACAUCGUGGACCUCCAUCUACAGUGAGACAAACCUAUGAACCACUACCUGGGACCACCCUGCACCGCGUCCCAAUCGACGACACUGCCUCAGCCAACAUCAUCGAGCACUUUGUGCCUGUCAGCAGGGCGAUCGCGUCAGCUCGGCUCAAGUCUCAUGCCGUCUUGGUCCACUGCCAAGCCGGUGUAUCGAGAUCAUCGGCUCUCGUUGCGGCGUAUCUGAUGAAGGAGAUGGAUCUCACGGUCGAACAAGCGCUGGCUCGGGUGCGAAAGGCGAGGUUACAGAUUGAGCCAAGCGACUUCUUCAUGUUGCAACUUGAGCUGUUCGAAAGGUGCGACUGCGAGUGGAACCCCGUCAAGGUAAGAGUGAGUUGUGCUUUACACGCUUAUCGAUCGACUGACAGGCUCUUCUGUUGCCCUCCUCCUUCAUUAGUACGCGGAGGAACGAAGGUUUCUCAUGAGCUUUGCGCAAAAUGAAAUCAUGGGUCAGUGAAUGGGUCUCAGAGGCGAAAAUGAAUCUUCACCGCUAACGCCGCUUUGUUACCACUCGACGUCAGGCGGUGUCUCCCCUUCCAUCGUUCUAGCGUACUACCCCUCACCGACGCCCUCGCCUAUUCCUUCGCCUAAGGGUAGCGCACCGGGCACUCCGUUGACCAUGACGCCGAUGCCGACGACAGCCGAUCCCUCGGCCUCGGACGCAUACAAAUUUGUAGGGGCCUCUCCUCCCGUCGAAAGCAGUACCUCGACUAGUCUCUCGGAUCGGUUGGGUGCCACCACGACUCCAACACCCGCUCCCGUACCUCGCAAGCGACUUACCCCUCGGAAAGCGGAACGCGAGACAGAACGACAGUCUGCCGAGAUGCGUAAAAUUCCAUCGAUCGAGAAAAUUGGCAACAAGCAGGAGGUAGUGAUAAGCGGGCGCAGGAUACGGUGCAAGAUGUGCAGGUUCGUGCCUUCCGCUUUCCUUAUAUCCUUCGUCAUUCACGGUCAAGUGCUGAUUCGGAUGGGUUUGUCAUUGGCCUGGUCAAUCAGGCGAGAGCUUGCAGCCCGCGAGCACGUCUUGGCGCACGAGCCAGGGAAGGGCCAACAGGCCUUUGCCCCGCAUCGGCGCGAUAUGGCGGCGCACAGGAUGGAGAUGGAGGCCAGGCGGCGCGACGAGAUGGACAAGGAGGAGCGCGAGCGAGCAAUUCCAAAUGUGGAGACUGACACAAGCAUCAGGACUUCGGUUGACAAGACUGAGAAGUCGCCGGCGACUGCUUUGGCCGGCUUGAGGAUUUCGCGCCCUUUGCCAGGCCUUGGAGUUCGCGCUGUGGUACAGCGACCAACAGUGUCUCGACCGCGGCCACCAUCAGCUCCCGAAUCUACGGUAAACGAAUCGACCACGUCGUCGACUUCAAUACCGGGGUCGGGUGAAGCACCAGAGUCAUCACACUCCGCUUCGGCUUCGGACGCUGCGAAAGAAUCGGAAGCUGAGGUCAAAGCUCGGGAAAUCUUCGAUCCCCCGAUCUUGCCCUCUCACCUUUGCUCGAGCUAUUUUACCGAGCCGUUGUCUUGGAUGUCGCCCAUAUUGGAAUCUGGUGCGCUUGGGGGAAAGAUUGUGUGUCCGAACGCAAAAUGUGGGGCCAAACUCGGCAGCUUCGACUGGGCAGGCGCGCGUAAGUUAUCGCGGCACAGUUGA